GUGUGUAAAUGUAUGAAUACUGUAUAUCCCAGCCAACACGCACGGCAUACGCACUGGAAAACUCAAAUGUCUCGUGUGAGCAUCCGGGUUACUUUUGGUGACAUCCGAAGGGGAAGCGAUUCUUUUUGGCAAAACGGAUCCACCUUAACGACAGACAGACACAAGCUAAACACGUCGCGGUAUCCGUAGUCAGCAUGGAUUUCCCUGAAGCUAAAGCACAACUUCUGCUGCUGAUAAAAAGAGUCCAACCUUCACAACGCCCUAAACUCAUUGACUGGAUCAGAACCUCCGAUGAGCUCGGCGAUGCACUGGUGGACAACAACAAGGUCAUCUUGCGGAGCAUCGCUGAUGACCUGAGGGCCAGCCUGCCUCAGGACGCCAUGUUGGCAUCUGAGACAAACGUUCAGAAAAAGAUGCAGCAGCGGUCGCAUCCGACAGUCCACGUGGAUGCCUUCCUCUACGAUGACGAGCACGUGGAUGCUCUGUGUGAGGCGGGAACCAUGAGUCGCUGCUACUGUCUCAAGUGUGGAUCAAGAAGGACUGCACCUCUAGAGUUUGUGUCCCACUCGUUCUCCAUGUCCGAGCUCUUCUUCUUGUUCCACAAUAUUCUGCCGGAUCUGAGUGGCCGAAUGUUGGUGGAUGUCGGAUCACGUCUGGGUGCGGUGCUGUACGGGGGCUAUGUUUACAGCUCAGCGUCCAGAUUGGUCGGCGUGGAGCUCAGCGAGGAGUUUGUUCGCCUUCAGAACCAAAUAGUACACAAGUACAGAAUGAGCGACAGAGUCCAGGUUGUCCACGCUGACGUGUGCACGCAGACCGCUUUGCUCCAGAGUGCGGAUGUUGUGGUGAUGAACAACGUCUUUGAGUAUUUCAUGGAGCCGAGCCAGCAAGUCAGAGCCUGGAAGUUGAUCAUGCAGACGUUCAGGAAGAAGGGUUCUCUGCUGGUGUCAGUCCCCAGUCUGGAGGAGAGUCUAAACACUCUGAAGGAGGCGGUGCCAGACGAUUGGGUAGAGGAGCUUCCUCUGGACUACAACGUUUACACGGCACAUGACGUAGACCCUGAGACUCUCCGACAGAUCCACCUUUACAGGGUCAUCUAACAUGGACUCGGCUAGUUCCAGAACCUGCCCUUGGACUAUUAUCAUUUGUUUCCUGAUCCACUUUGGACUGGUUCCAUGGAUUUGUUGAGACCAGGUGUUGAUGGCUCCAUGCGAAUAAGUCCAAAUAAAAUAAGACAUUUGCUUUUUGAGAGAUGGGUUCACAUCACAGACAACUCAGCCAUUAAAUGACUGCACAGUGGAUGAGUGUUUAGCAUGUUGGCCUCACAGUCAGGAAAUUUGGGUUUGAACUUGUGUAGAUUUUUUCCAGAUACUUCCUCCCACAUUCCAAAAACAUGCAUGUUAUAUUUAUUGUAUAACUAGUGUAAAUUGUCCCUAAGUGAAUACUGAGAGCGGUGCUUCUAACUUGCAAUUCUCUACUAGCGUGAGGAGCUAGAAUUCUCGUUGACUUGCUAUUUAGUUAGCCGCGUAGUAUUUGUGAACAAUGGAGACUGAAGCGACAUCCAGAUUAUUGAUAUAUGAUUGAUUUCGGUGAAUAACAACGCGCCAUAUUUGACUGUAACGGCAACGACAUAACAUUUGAAAUAGUCAUUCAUUAGAUAACCCGUUAAUGUAAAACAAUGCCUUUAUUUUUAACACUAUUAUCCCCAACACUAUAAGCGUCCUGUGAUUGGCUGGUGAUCAGUUCGGGGUGGAGCCCAUAGACUUUGAUGCCACAUCGAGCGCUGAGUCGUACGCCAACAUUACCGCCAUAUUGGAUGGGUCAAAGCUGCGCUGUAAAUGAAUACAAGUAAAUGUAAUGGGAAACAAUCACAUUGUUUUUGGUGCUUAACUGUUUCCAACGUGUAUUAGUGCGUGUGUGAAUAUAUAAACGAGAGGAAUUAACUUAAAUUUCCUUGUAGAAAGGCUCUUUA